UUGAAUCGACAAGUGAUUUUACGUUUUCACACCGUGUUUUGAUAGUUUGCUACGUGACAAAGUGUUAUUUUGAAGAUAUCACAGGUUACAGACUGAAAAAACCGCGAUCCACUACUGAUCUCGCGAAUUUGAGACGUAUAAAGCGAAAGUAUCGCACGUAAGUAGGAAAAACGCAUGAUACGCAGCCCGCUGAAGCGUAUGCAUGCAACUUCCCCUUCCCCAGCGUGUAUCGGCGCCAGACGAAGCGUCAUCCAUCAUGGUCGAUGACGAUCUGCGCCGGGAUUGGUCCGCUCCGCGUCACGUGUAUUGUUAAUUGGCAACGGUGGGCGUGUCCGUGCCUCAGACUGUGGGCAAGUUGAGGACUAGAAGGGGAAUUGAAAAAAGGCAUAGUAUGCGCUGUGAACCCCCUGCGUGCUUGAAACUCUCCACAGGCCAUCUCGCAUAGUUCACCGUGUUCCGAGGAGAGAAUUCCAGAGAAAAAUUAAUGAUCAUGAGUUCGUUUCUGAUGAACCCCGUGUCUGGCGCGGCUCUGCCGGCUAGUUACCAGCAGUCACAGCAUUUGUCGGGCGUUGUGGUCGAUCCGAAAUUCCCGCCGUCGGAAGAGUACAGCCAAAAUAGUUACAUACCGUCCACAGGAAAUGAUUUUUUCGGGAAUCACCACAUACCACAGUCCCAACACCACCUCCAGUAUGGAUACCACAAUCACCACCAACAGGCCUAUGGAUCCACGCCGGUUCCAAUUGCAAACGGUGGAUAUGGCAGCUAUGGCAAUUACUACCAUCCACAGAUACAUUCGCACCACGGGCCGCCUAUCCAUUCUCAUCAGAUUAGGCCGUCCAUACCGAUCCACGAAGCCCAACAGUCCAUGGUACCUUGUGGGAACCACCAGCCUCCGGUUUCUAGUGCGGGCGGUAUUUUGCAGAACUUAGCCGAUAUUCCCGUUACCCAAAACUCUAGUGAUAUAGUGAAAACAAGUGUGUGUAGUCCAGGUUCUGUGGGACAUGGCCAGGAUUCGAGAAGUUCGCCUCCUGGACCUCACAGUCUGCAAGAACUAGGUUUGCGGAUGGAAGAAAAUGUGUCCGAUGAACAUGAUGAUUGUGAUGAUGGACAGGGUAGUUCUACAAAUAACGAUGAAGAGGAGGAAGACGACGAUGGAAGUGAUAGGCAGAUUUAUCCAUGGAUGAGGAAGGUGCAUGUCUCUGGAGCUUUUUCGAAUUCAAACGAAACAACAUCGAUUACCACCAACGGCACCUUCGCACCAGGCAUGGAACCAAAACGUCAACGCACAGCCUACACCCGUCACCAGAUCCUCGAACUAGAAAAAGAAUUCCACUACAACAGAUACCUAACACGUCGACGACGAAUAGAAAUAGCUCACACGCUCGUCCUAUCCGAACGCCAAAUCAAAAUAUGGUUCCAGAACCGCAGGAUGAAGUGGAAGAAGGAUAACAAAUUGCCGAACACGAAAAACGUAAGAAGAAAAACCAACCCCGCCGGGGUAACGACCACGACCUCCAAUAACUCCUCCAAGACGGGUGGUGGAAAAAGCAGGGGUAAAACACAGAACGGCACUCUGGGCAAUAACAAUGACAAACGGAAAAACAACAACUCCGGCAGAGAAAUGGACGGCCUUGGAGAAAACAUGCUAGAUAUGUCUUUGUCCGGUCAGAUGCCGACGGGCAUGAGCCAUUCUCACCCCAUGGUCCCACAUCAUCCCUCCAUGCUGCACGGCCAUGCCGACCUCCACAUAGGGGCGAUGGGGGGCAUGGCCCCCCUCACCUCCUCACCGCCCGGCUGUGGCCCCAUUCAAGGGGGCCCGCCUGUCAUAAAGUCGGAUUACGGCCUUACAGCGCUCUGAAGAGGCUAAGACGACGUUUUUGCUCAACCAAAGUGAUUCAGUUUAAGGGUCAGAGAUGGCGCUGUGCUCGUCCACGGACCGGUUGGCGCUGGUUUCGUGGUGGGGAGGACGCAGAGGUGGGAGGUUAGAGAUUGGAAGGGGGUUGAUUUCGUUAUUGUAAAGUUAUUUGUUGGUUUUGUCUUUUGUCGGAAAUAUUUACAGGGUUUUUUUUAUGUUUGAGGAUGAUUGAUUGCAUUCUGAAAUUAACAAGUUUUUUCGUGUUCUGUUGGACUAUUACUGGGUUGGUGAAAAGAAUCAGUUAACAUUGUCGAUUUGUGUUUGUCCAAAACUAAAAACUGACAAGAUUUCUUUCUCAUAAUCAAAAUCUAUAACUUGAUCAAAUUUUUUUAAAGAGAGUUUCAUAUUGAAAAUUCAAAUGCAGUAAUGUUUUUGACAUAAAUAAAAUAUCAAGUUUAACGGUAAUUGAUGCAUAUCUACCGAUGUAAAUAGCUUGUUUGAUAUUGAUUAUCUUUGAUCAACACUACAAAUUAUUCAGGUUCCAAAAAAUAUAUAAAUAAAAGUAUAUUCACGAAAUUAUAGUCCCAGGAUGUUGGAGAAAAAAAAAAUGAUUAUUGACUUACAAUAGAAGUUGAAUUAUAUUUAUCGAUUCUAUUUCUGACCCUUAUACCAGAUGAGUCAGAAUAUCUACUUUACGGUUAGUUACUACUUUGUUAGUUACUUUGCAGUAUCUGAGUAUCACAAUACUUUUAGUUCUUAGUUUUUGGCAGAAGGUACGCAGCAUCUUCGAACGAAACUAUAUCUUGUCACUCUAAACGUCUUUUAGAUGCCAAAAUGUAUCUUAGAGACCUACAAAUAUCUCAGAUGGUUAUAAUGGCAAAACUGUGACGUUUCAACCUUGAAGAAACACUCUGGAUACUAUUUUUCGGUAUAGUUUUCAUCUUUUCAAUAACAAGUACUGCUCGGUACUUGGUACUGGUACUAUUGUAUCUUGUUAAAAAAAUUCACUUUCAAAUUCUUCUACAAUACGACGAAUAGUAAGUCGAUUAACUGAAUACUUCGGUCCAUGAACACUGAACACGAAUGACAAGAGAAAUGUCAAAAAAUAAUGCAGUGCUGCCAUUAUGACCAUUUUAAUUUUUUUAUUCCUAUUGGGAAACCCUAUCUUAUGAAAUGCUUAAGUUCCUGAUUGUAAUUCUGAAUUGGAUAUUUUCAUUUUCAAAUUACCACAGAUUUUAGUCUCACUCUGUAUUGAACAAUCAUUUCUUGUCAUAGUUCUCAGUCAAAAAAGUAGAUAAUAAUGAAAUGAUACUUAUUGUUUUUGAUAAAAAUU